AUGUCACGAAAUGCAUUCACCGAGGAUGUAGAAGCCAAUAUGUGGGAAUUCAUUUCGAGGUGAAAUUUUGAAUGAAAUACCGUUUUAAAUUUUGGAUUAAGGAUGCUCAAAGCAGGAGAUGAGCGAGCCAAAAAGCCUUCUGGCUUAAAGAUAUGGGGAGCUUUUCGACAAGUUCAAGAGAGAAGGGGAAACUCAUGUACUUCCGCACAAUCUUUGAGCACGCAGUUAGUUUUAAAUUAACUCGUAAACUUGAAGAGCGGUUAGUUUUGAAAAAAAAAAACGGAUUCGCUCAAAGCUUUUAAAAUAUAAUCUGUUCAGGGUCCUUGCUGGAUUAUUGAGAAGAGAAAUUCGCGGGAGACUUUAAAAAAACAGUGAAUGACACGGAUUUAAUGGCACAUUUGCGUUUGCGCCUUCAAUAGUUUUAAAUACAGUUUCUUUAUAUACCAAUGGUUUAUUAUUUUUUUUUUGAAUGGGUCUUCACAACUUCAGAAGAAGAGAGAAAAAUUCGGAAGAACAUGAAAUAGAGGGGUCUGACUGUAUAUAACAUAAUUUACUGGAAGGUGUUUCAGUUUCCGUAAGCAAAUGCUUCCCAGUAUUUGCAACGUUGGGCUACCGCGCGACGACGUGCUUCUGAUGUGUCAGCGAUGGCGACUGCGGCUGUCGGACGCCGCCGUUCUCACGUGGGUUCCCUUCUAACAAGCCAUACGUCAGCUGGACCUCACCCCGGGGUACGGCCUUCCCCCCUCAAACUGCUGCCCCAAAAAGUGCGGCCUGGAAUUUCACUGAAAGGCAAUUUAUAUCCUUUUGACUACAGUUUAAUAAGAAUUGCAUGUUUAGCUUUUCUCAUUUAGAAAAAAAAUAUAUUACUAGGGUGCUGUAUCCCACGGAAAUCUAGUUGAGAAUCAGGAAUUCGUGGGUGAAAAACUUUCGACGAGCUUUUGCUCGAUAACCUGAGAGGUUCAGCAGAAGUUCAUUUCCGAUUCUGAUUACUCUAACCUAGGCCUAUCAGACCAAAAAAAGUAUCGAUUCUCAACUCGAUGUUCAGAGAAGAACAUUCCCUAGUUCGACCAGAUCUGCUAUGUUCACUUCAAAAACUUUUCUAACAAAGUAGAUGAUCAGUAAAAUUUCAUCGAACUUCUCAUCCCUUGAUCUUUUUCACUCUCUUCGUGUGAGUUUCACUUAUUGCUUCUCAGGAUUCAACGGCGUUUUAACUGUAAAGUUGUCUUCGACGAGUCCGAAAUCGUCAGCGAGUUUGUUCAGUGCGGCAGCGAUGAAAUUGGUAGGUGAGAGGCAAUUAAAAUAUAAACUAACAAAACAGCCUCAAGUUUGCUGAGUUUUCAUCUGUGUCUAUCCGUUUUAGUAAAUAUCAUUUUCAACGAGUUCACGCUUGGAGUAAAUUUACUCAAUCAGUUGGCCUAUGUACGCUUAAAAUUAAAGAUAAAAUUUCUAGCCACAGUUAUUAUCCAGACUCGAUUUUUAGAAGUUAAGACCUGUGAAAGCAAACUUUUUUUUAAAAAAGCUUCGAUAUCAAUCUUUAACUCGAUAAUUCUCUUUAGGCAAUGUUUCGGGUCGGCAAAAGCGCGAAGAGUACAAGGACGCUUGGCUCUUGUCCAAAAAGCGAAAACCACUGACUAGAGUGGAAUGCUCCAGUGCGAGAUGUGGCACCCUUGUCGAAAGUCGUUCUCCACGAGAGUCGGAAAUAGCCGGCGAUGCUCCACAGACUCCCGAAAACUCUUCCGGGAUUCCAUCCUACAAACGUUUGGUGGAAGUCGUCCAAAUCGAUGACGACGGUGUCAUUUUCAAACCAAAACCUCCUGAUACAACACCCGUCAGUGCCAUCAAUGAAAUGGAGCAGAACGAGAUGAUCAAGGCACAGUUGGAAGAAUUCGCUACAGCGGAGGCCGUAAGCGGUCGUAUAGUGUCAGUUGAGAAGCAGUUUUUGGCAGGUGGCUGCACUGAUGCCCCGAAGCGUCGUGCGUCUUCAGAUGGACGAGUAUUUGCGCGACAAGAUGAUCAACCACGUGAGCACAGUGCGACGAAUGCUCGCGUCGCCCAUCUCUGGACAGCGCAUUCGCUUCGAACUUGGCUCCAUUCCAGAAUCGGUAUGACUUUCUAUAGUCUGUGUGCCACGACUUGAAAUUUCACGGAACGACAUUCCGCUGUGCCACUGCGCGCUUUUGCGAAUUUUGGUCGCGCUUUCAAUUCCUUUUUCUUUCAUUAAGGUGCUCUACUUUCAUGUGCUCCCACAGCACUAACAAUCGAUUGAAAGAGUGAUCUAGAUUCGAAAGACGCUUCGCGAAAGCACGCAGCGGAACAGCGGAAUGUCGUUCCGUGAAAUUUCAAGUCGUGGCACACAGACUAUACCAAAAAAAAAGUCAGUGUCUUUUUCAGAGGGUUUCUCUGCAGUCGAGGAUCAAGAUGGCGUCGCAGAUUCGUGAUGCGCUUCACUCAUUUUGCGACGUCUUCGCCGAGUCCGGCUGUCGGAUGUUCGAGAAGAUUGAAAACGAUGCCGCCAUUUGUUCGAAAGACAAUGUUUCGAUUAUUCUUUUUUUCCUGUCUGAAAACCGUACUUUCAGGAGUCCUACGAGCGACUUAUGCAGUCGAUAAUUCAUAUUGUCUCUUCAAAGUGCACAUCUUCAUGA